UUCGGUUUAGGGCCCGGAUGAUGGGCGGGAAUGGGUUAACCUGUGGGUCGGGGACCUAAGGACUCGGGGCCUCCAGCGGGGACUGUGCCAGUCUCAGCGCCCUUGAGCCGAGGAGGCGGCGCGGGAGACUCUCCGCCCCCACGUCUCGCCGUCGGGCCCCGCCCGGCGCAGCCCAACGCAAGCACCCAAGUGUGUGGGCGCAUCCCGGUGCCAGGGACAGAGGACGCCAGAGAAGCCAGUCGGCCAAAGCUGCCCGUAGAGAGCCGGCGCCGAGUCACCGUCUAGCCCUGCUGUUCCGCCUCCGGGGUUGUCAGAAGCACAAGUGUCACCCAAGGCCUUCGCGAUUCCCCACGUGGGUCCUGACCGUGAGAGACCCCCAGAAGGAAGCGGACCAUCUGCCACUUGCCAUGAUGCUGGCUGCCCGCCUCUCCAGACCCCUGUCACAACUCCCAGGAAGAACCCUAAGUAUCUGUGACAGAGAAAAUGGAACAAGACACACACUGUUGUUUUGCUCUGUUUCCCGUACCCCAGUUGGCCGUCGGACUUAUGCCAGCGAUGUAAACCCGGCCGGCAGCAAAGCUGUCCUGAUCACGGGCUGCGACUCUGGGUUCGGGUUCUCCUUGGCCAAGCACCUGCAUUCAAAAGGCUUCCUUGUGUUUGCUGGCUGCCUGAUGAAGGACAAAGGGGACGCUGGGGUCAGAGAGCUGGACAGCUUGAACAGCGACCGACUGAGAACCGUCCAGCUCAAUGUGUGCAGCCACGAGCAGGUGGAGAGGGCGGUGGAGACGGUGCGCUCCAGCCUGAAGGACCCCGAGAAAGGGUUGUGGGGCCUGGUUAACAAUGCGGGCAUCUCCACCUUCGGGGAGGUGGAGUUCACCAGCAUGGACACCUACAAGGAGGUAGCUGAAGUGAACCUCUGGGGCACGGUGCGGACAACAAAAUCUUUCCUCCCCCUGCUCCGAAGAGCCAAAGGCCGUGUGGUCAACAUCAGCAGCAUGAUGGGCCGCAUGGCCAACCCGGCCCGCUCCCCAUACUGUAUCACCAAGUUCGGGGUGGAGGCCUUCUCCGACUGCCUGCGCUACGAGAUGCACCCUCUGGGUGUGAAGGUCAGCGUGGUGGAGCCAGGCAACUACAUCGCCGCCACCAGCCUCUACAGCCCCGAGCGGAUCCAGGCCAUCGCCCAGAAGAUGUGGGACGAGCUGCCCGAAGUUGUGCGCAAGGACUAUGGCAGGGAGUACUUCGAUGAGAAGAUCGCCAAGAUGGAGACCUACUGCAACAGCGGCUCCACGGACACAUCCCCUGUCAUCGAUGCCAUCACGCACGCCCUGACCGCCGCCACCCCCUACACCCGCUACCACCCCAUGGACUACUACUGGUGGCUGCGAAUGCAGAUCAUGACCCAUUUGCCUGGAGCCAUCUCCGACAUGAUCUACAUACACUGAAGACCCCCAGUGGGAGGGUGGAGGUGGGGUGGGGGUCACAUACAGUCACCUCUCGAUUAACCACUGUUGUCACCACUCUUAGGAAGACUCAUUGUAGCAUUAACCAGAGGCAGUAACCCAGCCUCUUGUUCAUGUGCUGAGUGGCUUGGGUCUGCACAAAACGAGGUCCAGGCGAGGUUCCCUAGACCUUGGGGCGAACAUGGUGCAUCUACCUAGAUUUGGUUUUGUAUGAAAAUUUUGGGAAACAUCUUUAUAUUAAAAACAGAUUUAUUAUAGAAUAGAAUCCUUGUUCCUUUACACCUUGAAGCCAAGUCAUUAACUCAGAAAAUGUUGCUCUUUAAACCAGCCCUAUGAGUAAGAAGGACAGAUGUUUUUUGAUUCUGUGCAUGAAGGAUUUUUGCAGCUGAGAGGACAUGUGAACUACCCCUUUCUUUU